AUGUCGACAAAUGGUCAAACCGCUCACACUGGAUCUAAUGGCAAGAUCAAGACGUCUCCCCCGGACGCCGACAGCGGCAGGGUGCCAAUCUUCACACGCAUGCUGGACAAGACAAAGCACUUGUGGACCAAGUCUGGCAUCACCUGGCCACUAUACAAGUCCAUGUUCAAGGGAGCGCUGGCGCCGACAAUCGCAGUGGCGGCCUUCCAGGCCAAUGCUUAUGCACAAGAGUUCUCCACUCUGGGCUACCUUAUCGGCAUCAUGACCAUCUUGUCUCUAGUCAUACAGCCGCGAGCGAAGUUCUUGCAGACCAUGCUUAUCCAGCUACUGCUCACCUGCUUGGUCUGCGCUGUGACGGUGCUAGCUUUCUUUUGCUGCGUGCAGGCUAGGAUGGGCUCUGAGGGAACUGUAGGCCCCGGAGCAGGCGGGUCGGGAACGAGUGGGCUUGCCUCGAACGGAGCUGCCACAGCACAGUACAGUUCUUCUGCUUCUGCAGUAGCCGGCGUUUGGCUGUUCACGCAAAUCUUCUUCAUCAGUGUGCUGAGGGCGAGAAUGCCACAGUAUACCGUUCCUUCAAUCAUGGCAGCGGUCUUUGUCAAUGUUGCGAUGACCUACGCUCCGCAGUUCAGCACCAUGACGCAAGCCGAGCAAUUUGCACUCCGUUUGCUUGAGGCUUACCUCACCGGGUUUGGCAUUGCAGCUGGCACUUCUCUACUGGUAUUUCCGUUGACAAGCCGCCAUUUGGUAUUCGCCGACAUGCGCGCCUCCAUCGCAGGCUUCCGCGGUGCGCUCGGGGCCAACCUGGACUACUUGAAGAGUCUCGAGGACACAGAUAUGUUCGCUGCGCAACGUACGCGGACCGACGGUGUCAAACCUGCUCGCAGCCCGGAAGCUGAAGCUUUGAUUGCGAAGGUCCAAGCCUUGGGACCAACCAAUGCCAAAUUUGCCAUAGAUCUACCGUUCGCAAAGCGAGAGGUGGCGAUUGGCAAGCUUGGCCCUGACGACCUACAAGAACUUUACCGGCGGGUUCGUGAAUGCACGAUACCUCUUGUGGGCCUCAGCUGUAUGAGCGAUAUCUUCGAGAGGACUUCUGAAGAGAGAGGCUGGGAUCGAUCUGUCUCAUUCGCCACUGCGACCUUCGAAGACGCCACCAACGCCGCAGAACGUGCCAGAAUCGAGAACAUCAACCAAUGGCAUGAAUUGAUCAAGCUGCUCAAAGAGCCCUUCACCAGCAUCACCGAAGCUAUUGGCGAAGGGUUUGAGCAUUGCAGCCGGACACUCCAAUUGGAGAAGCCGCCAAAGCAGGACAAGCCCAAACGUGAUCCGGAGGCCUCCGCUGCCCGAGUAGAGCCUGGAGAUGCUGCAUUCGGCGGGGCCUUUCGCACGAAGAUCGAAGAUUUCCACAAGAGCAAACAGUUGAUGCUUCGUGGGUGGUGUGAUAUCCAUGGGAUUGAAUUGCCGCAGGACUAUUUCACAAAUCCUUCUGCCAAGGAGAUCCAGGCACCACGAUGGAUGAGUGCUGGACCACUGACCGAAGAAAGGCGGCGACUGCGUCGUCAAUUGAUGGUGCUGUUAUACGUUGAGUUUCUGUUGUACCUCAUGGCCAAACGAGUUCACGCUCUGAUACUCGUUGCGGACGAGCUAAGGGCCUCUGGGAAAUUAAGUCAUUCGAGAUUGAUCGUACCAGGCUUCAAGAGACUACGCAAGUGGGUUCGAUCUUCGCUAUUUCACAGCCAGGAAGGCCACGAGGAAGAUACCAUGGACUUCAACGACCACACAACGAACGUGGAGCUGGGUCAAGCCUUCAAGAAGAGGAAAGAUCCUGAGCACCUCGAACCACAGACGACGUGGGAACGCCUCACAGACCAUUUGCGCGCCAUACCACGCUUCUUCGGGUCGCCAGCUUCGCAUUUCGGCUUUCGGGUGGCAGUGGCAGUCAUGUCUCUGGCCAUCAUCAAUUACCUCCAUCCCACGCAAGUCUUUUUCACCGAGCAGCGACUGUUCUGGGCGCAGAUCAUGACCUCGAUUGGCAUGACCCCGUCCUCGGGGCAAGCUCUAAGGACAUUCAUUUUGCGAGUCAUUGGCACUUUCAUGGCCAUGAUCCUGGCUCUAAUCGCCUACUACGUUGUUGAUGGACAUGUUGCUGGUGUUCUUGUGUUCUUCUUCGUUUUCCUCCACAUCGGGAACUAUAUCAUUCUCACGCGGCCUAAGCUCAUUCCUAUCGGCAUUAUCUCACAAGUCACCAUCACCCUCAUCAUCGGCUAUGAGCUUCAAGUGCGGAAGAUUGGUGUUCAAGCGGCAACGAGCAACGGCCAGGCCUACUAUCCCAUUUGGCAGCUGGGCCUGAUUCGGUUAGCGACUGUCGUCGGUGGUCUCUUCCUGGCCUACAUCUUCUCUAUCUUCCCAUACCCAAUCACGGAGCAUUCUCAACUCAGGAAGAACCUAGGAUCCUGCCUCUACCUGACGGCGAAUUACUACUCAGUCGUGCACGAGACAGUCCAGGUGCGGCUUGCAGGUGCAGAAGGCGACACGACUGCAAAGGGUAGUCCCGGUCACCAACUGGAGAAGAACCGACAGAGGAUAUUCGCCAAAUGUCAGGCCCUACUGGGCGGCCUCAGAACUCAAAGCGGCUUCGUAAAAUACGACAUACCGAUAGGGGGCAAAUUUCCGUCAGAGCUCUACACUCAGAUAACGUCUGAUCUGCAGAGCGUGACGAACUACAUCUCCUUGAUCAGCGUCGCUUCUUCUGCGUUCGCCGAGUUGCAGUACGACAGCAACGAGAUGUCGGGCUCGGAGUGGCUGCGAAACUUCCGUCGGAUCAUGGGAGAGGCAAAGCUGACUUCUCAGACGGUCACAACUCUGCUGGCCUUGCUCUCGGCGUCUGUAACGAGUGGGAAUCCUCUCCCGCCGUAUGUGCGACUGCCAGAGCCUUACUUGUUGAGCGAACGGUUGGAUGCGAUCGAUACAGACAUCUUGAGCGUUCGGCACAUUGCAGAGCCUGGCUAUGCUUCGUUCGCGGUCAUACAGAUCGGUACCAAGUGCCUGGUCGACGAUCUGAAAAAGCUUUUGCGAGGCGUGAAGCAGCUGGUCGGCGAGCUUGACUUUUCAUACCAUGUGGUCAACACUGCUGAUCAGUCCAGAGCCGGUUCGAGAGAGGCGCUGUUCUUCAAUGCGCCGGCUGGGAAUGAUCGAUCGGAUGGCAAGAUGGAAUGA